ACACCAAAUAUAUUCAGCUUCGGAUUCUCACCCACUGGUUCAUCUUCCCCAAAUUCACAAUUCUAGAGAGAGAAAACGAAAGAGAGAGAAUGGAUGAAAAUGGGGUUUCUGAGAAAUGGUUCCAAGGGAUAAGAGGCUACUGGAAGAAAAGAACCUACCAGAAACUUAACCGGUCGUCACGGCGGCGGAGGCGGCUGGCCCAGAUCGGGUUCGGGUCGACCCAAAACACGCGGCGGCGGUUCUGGCGGAUCAAGAUCUCUCCAAAGCUCCGAUUCCUUCGAAAAUUUCCAUCCCCGAAGAAACUCCUCAUCCGCCUCCGUGAUGCCUAUGUCAAUAUGAUGCUCGGAUUAGCUAAUUCCCGGGUUUUCUCUGGCGGCGGCGCCGCCGUUAUGUGCGACGGCAUGGCCGGUUUUGGCAAGCGGCCGGCGAAGGAAUACGACGAGAAGAUCAUUCUGGAGAUCUAUAAAUCCAUGGUGGCAGCCCAGCGGCAGGUGGCCCACCUCCCCGCUACCAUUGCCGGAUCCGAAUUGGAAACACCCGGGCCCAGGUGAAAAAAUAUGUUCAAUUUUUCAGCAUUAUUUCAAUUUUAGUCUUUGUUGUUUAAUAUAAAUAUUUUAA